AUGAAAAAAUUCUUUUUUUUAUUGGUAGUUGCUAGAGUAAUAUAUCCUUUCAUAUAUUACGAUACUGGAUUAGCUAGAGAUUUUGAUUAUACUUUUGAAGCAAGUUUUAAUUGUAGGAAUGGUCUAACGAAAUCAGCUACUAUCCCUUUUUCAGAUACAUUUGAAAAGAUUCCUUAAGUAUUUUUUACUCCUGAACAUUUUGAACAAGAAAUGCCUUAAGUGGGAUUUUAAAUUGUCAAUAACAGCCAUAACUUAAACAUGUAUAUAUUCGUUUUAUUUAAUUAAUUUGUAGCUUUUACAGUAAAUAUAUACUGUGUUUAAUAAAGAGUGCAUGCAAUAAAAAUGAGAUGGUUUGCCUUAGAUGA